AUGUCCUGCCAGCAGAACCAGCAGCAGUGCCAGGCCCCUCCCAAAUGUCCCUUACCCAAGUGCCCCUUACCCAAGUGCCCCUCACCCAAGUGUCCCCCAAAGAAUCCUGCACAAUGCUUGCCCCCGGUCUCCUCUGGCUGUACUCCAUGCUCUGGGGGUUGCCAUGGCCCCAGCUCUGAGGCUGGAUGCUUCCUGAGCCACCACAGGCGCCGCAGGUCCCACGGAUGCCGGCGCCGGAGCUCCAGCUGCAGUGAUGAUGGCAGUGGUCUGCAGUCAGGGGCCUCUGGAUGUGGUCACAGCUCUGGGGGUUGCUGCUGA